AUGCCGAGCAAAGGAUCUCGUUCCAGGAAACAUCGAUUCGUGAACCGUAACCGCAGCGGCUGUUCAACAUGCAAGGAACGGCACGUCCGCUGCGACGAAACGCGUCCCGUGUGCGCGAACUGCAUCAAACUAGGACGGGCAUGUAACUAUCCAGCACCGGCGCUCCCACUUUGGGACAGGAGACGCCUAAAGUCGACCCUGCCAGGCGUGCAUAUCCCAUGGCAAGUCUCGGGGUGCCCUGUAGAUCCUUUCAACUCUCUACCAAUAGAAAUGCCUUAUAAGUCACGAGAGCUUCUCCACCACUCCGAAUAUUCAAGGCAUAACAAUUCAAGAUCCCCUGGAGCUCCGACUCUCUUUGUAAUAUCGGCCUUGCACUACUCGUGGAAGGCGAAAGAAAUUUCGUCGUUCCAGUCCACCUAUCUCUUCCACAAGAUAGAGUGCAUUGGCCUGGCAAACGCCCGCCUCAAAAACCUCAAAGCAACGAACAUAGCCGUGACGGUGCGGUUGAUAUCCACUCUUUGCAUCUUCGAUAGCAGCUUCGGCAACCCAGAUGCCGCAAGGGCUCAUUUCGAUGGCCUGAUGGCAGUACUGGACCUCAUAGAAGCGUCAGAUGGCAGCCUCAGCUUACGACAAGUUGAUCAUGACGAUCUCAUUGCUCGAUACAUUGCAUUGGCACAUGAAUUUGUGUAUACAGCAACUGGCUAUCUGCACCAACGAGUUACGAAAUUGACGCAACUUAUGGGAUCUAGCCCCAGUGGCAAGCCCGGGGAUACAAGUAUUCGCCUAGACGGUCUGAGGUUGAUCCCUUAUUUUGCCGGCAGCCCAAGGCACGCAAACAACGGACAAGAUCAGGCCAAUCUCUCCUAUGAUCUUGUGCCGCUCAAAGUACUGACGCCCCUGGCCCGCGAGAGGUACUGCAGUCGGCUCUGCUGUUUUAUGGACGAGUUUCUCUACGGGGAGGAUCCUCCCGGCCUGGCCGCCGACUACCUCACCAACAUCAAGCAACUCGUAUUAGAGGCCGCUAAAUCGCAAUUGCGGGCUACUUAUAACGUGGGGACAAGGCCACUCGGUAGUUUCUGGUCAAGUCUUGCGCCCGCCGGCUCCAUGUAUGUCAACAAUGUUGUGGCCGAUCUGCCCGCAAACGACUGCCAUGUCUACAGUCAGCUCUAUCUCCGGUUGACAAGGGAUAUUGACAACACAGAGGGUAUAAUGAGGGCUGGGGCAGAGGAUCAUAAGAUAUGGCUCUGGAAGGUCUUCACGGGAGCAUACACUAUCGCUAAGACACAGCUAGCCGUCGAAGAUGCUGGUAGUCGAGCAGAAGACGACAGCAGCCCCUUUCAGAUGUUGCGCCUUUGGUUCGGCCAGCGCAUCCAAAGCUGGAGCCGAAGAGCGCAUGUUAUAGAUUGGAAAGACGCGAAGGAGGCAUUAUCGGCCGUCAGCUGGCCUGAGGACUCUGCUGGAGCAGGGCUUUCUGAAAAGCUCUGGCAAGAGGCUAUCUGGGGCAAUACGAACAAACAGCGUUUUGAUAUCGAGGCUCUUCUCGUCCGCUAA